UCUCUGUCUAUGGCAACACUGCUCCUAACUGCUCCUAACGAUUUCUGCUCAUCUCUGCGUGGUUUUCGAUGAAAUUGUGAAUUCUUUGACAGCUGAAUAUGAGGUUUAUUUGUGAUAAUUUAGAAUUGUUUGAAUGGUCCUUUGAAUCAUUUUAGAAAGUUGAAGAAAUUUAUAACAGUAUGAAAGACACAGUACAAAAUUUACAUAUGGAGAAUGGUAAAGAAUGUGUUCAUGGUAAUGGAGAGAAUCUAUCAGUUGAGGAAAUGCCAGCUAAGAAGAAAUUAAAGGAAUGGUUAAAUCACCAUUUACGAAUUAAAAUGACCGAUGGACGUGUCUUAUGUGGUGCUUUCUUAUGCACCGAUCGUGAUGCCAAUAUCAUUCUAGGUUCUUGUUCGGAAUUUUUGUCGGAAGAACACACGGAAGCAAGAGUUUUAGGUCUGGUAAUGGUGCCUGGCAGGCACAUAGUGACUAUACAUAUGGAUAUGUAAUGCAUGCAAGUAUGUAUCGUACAAGUAAAUAUUGAGCUCCCAUUUAGUAGAUCGACAACAAAUACAUUAGAGUUCUUUAACACGUUCCAUGUUGAAAUAGUGGUUAAGAGUUAUUAGUAACUUGUGAGACAGAAUGUAUAAAUAUAAAGCCUUUGUAACUUUUAAAGAGUCGUACUUUGGCGACGUGGCUAAUUUUAUAUCGACAUCCGUUAAGAAUAUAUGUGUCAAAUAUUGAGAUGUCAGCCAGCAAUAAAGCAGUCAAAAAAACAA